UUUGUGCCGGCGGGGCGGUGCCCGGGGCUGUCCCGCAGCGCGGUGCGGGGCCGGGGCUGGAGGUGGCUCAGCUCGGAGCGGAGCUGGCGGUGUGGUGGACCGGCAGCGGUCUGUCCCAGCGCUGCCAGCUGCCCGGCUGUUUGUUUGCGGCUAACUCAAAUAUCAGCCCUCCCGUGUUUGGUUUUGUGCUCUGUGCUCCCUGGUGCUCGGGACAGAAGCCCUUUCUUGUGCAGAUCCCGAUACGGUUAGAGGUGUCAGAGAGGGGUGUUGUUGGCAGCAGCUCGCAUUCUUUUACGUGUGCAUACGUGAACUCUUAUCAACGAAUGUGCUUUUUUUUCUGUUUACCUUUUAACUGAAAGCGGCUCUGAAAGGCUCCUGCAGCGGCUCUGCGCUGCGGGUUUGUGCCUGGGUUUGCCCCUCUCCUGUGAGCUGUGCGGGGAGCAGUGGCCCGGCUCAGCCCGUCCUCCUCUGCUCACCUGGGGGAAAACAUAGAUCAGGUCCUUCUACCAGCAGCUCAUCGGUGGUUUCCAUAUGUGACAAAACAUCCCAUCCCAGUGCAGUGCAGGUGUGAAAUGCAGCUUCUGAGGAGGGGUGGGCAUUCCUUUACGUACUCACAUGUCCUUUGAGAAAUGCUUUUCUAAUAAAAGACCAACCGAAUACGUGCCGUCGUGCUUCUGUUCAGCAUUCCUGGUCUGCACUGCCUCAAAUGUCCACUGCUGAGCGCGGGCACAGGACGGGCUGCCAGCAGCGUGCUUUUGUAACAGGGCAAAAUGUGGUGACUGAGGGCACUGCAGUGCUUCCCUUUGGGUUUUGUGCAAAUUUCAAGAAGAUCUGAAAGUUCUCCAAGUCAGUUUAAGUCGAGUAGGGAAAAAUAGGCUGCCCUUCGCAUAAGUAGUUCUUUCUGUGGAACAAGGUGAGUCACCACCAGGGAGAAUUGAGUCUCCUUUACGCUGUUUGUUGCUUGAAGGCUGUGAGGUAGUUUGCCCAUCAGCAGAGGGCCACAGCCAUGUGUGUAGUUGCAUUCAGAUGGAUGUGGGAGCGGAAUCCUCCAGAUGUAGGCAGUGUGGUGAGGCUGCAGGGCUGGAAGUACUCCUGUUGCAGUUGCUGGGAGCCUGGGGGGGCCCUGCAGGGGCUGUGCUCAGCCGGGGGCUUCUGGGUAACACAGGGUCCAUCUCUAUCUCUGGGGAAGGAGACACUGUGCUGUCCCUCUGCCCAUCACAUCUGGCAAAACAGAGUGCUAGAGCCCAGGACUGACAGGAGAUGGCUGUUUUGGCCAAGGCUGAGAUGCAGUGUGUUGAGAUGGGAUGUGAUGCAAUGUAAUGAGAUGCCUUCUGGGACCUCCCGUGUCACUCUGUGUGUGCAGGUCCCGCAGCAGUAGCUGCAGCUGGGGGCUUUGCACAGACGUUGCAGAAGGGUGAAUGCAAAAUUCAGCCUGAAGUGUCUCCUCCACCUGUCUGAUGGGAGUGGCGAAGGGACCCUGAUGGAGAAGCAGCUGAAGGCAGCCCUGGGCCUUUGGGAACAGGGCAGCACAGGAACACUGCUGACAGUGCCUCUACGUGGCUCCGUGUGACACUGGCAGUGGGGACAGAGCUGCUCCAUGCUCCGGACAGCACUGCUGGCACAGCCGCAUUCCAGAAGGGUCUGCUGCUCGGUUAAUGAUUGAGCUGCAAUAACCUCCUGCAAUAAUCCUUCUGUGUGAGAACCUUUUUGAAAGUCACCUCCAGUAACAGCACUGACUCUGCCUAGCUGUUGGGGCUGGGAACAGAAAUUUAAAGAAUCAGACUUCUCUUUUCUCAUUUCCAGCAGGAAAUGCUUUAGAUGCACUCACCUCCUGCUGCUGCCCGUCCUGGGGCUCCCGCACUGUGUGUGGGCAGCACAGAGCUGCCUGUGUCACACUCUCUGAGCCCCACACUCCCAUGUUCUCCAGCAUCCUGUGAUGCCCUCACUGUACUGCUGGUUUCCUUUUGCACCUGUCUCUGUGUGCUCUUCCUCCUCAUUUCACCCCUGAUGGGUGGAUGGUUGGACUGGGUUAUCCUGUGGGUCUUUUCCAACCUUGGUGAUUCUAUGAUUUCUGUUGCCAGGCACUACCCGUCCCGGUUAAUGAUUGUCUGCCCACGCCACGUGGGGCUGUUUGUGAGUCCCCGCAGGGAUCCUUAUCAGAAAAGGGCACUCGUCACCACUGCCAGUCACAGGCUGAGCAAACGUUAACGGCUGCCUGGGGAGCAAACAGCAGCAUGAGGUCCUCCCUCCCUUGGAGCCUUGAGGGUCCCCCAUCUCGAUGUGGGAUGCAGCAGCUGAGCUGCCCAGGGGGUGUCUUUGUGUUGGGUCCAGCAGCCAAGUGGGGGUUUGGAGGUGAUCCUGCUGUGAAGAAAUUGAAGCCAAGAAGGCUUGCGACUGGCUGCGAGCAGCGGGAUUCCCGCAGUAUGCCCAGCUUUAUGAAGACUCGUUGUUCCCUCUUGACAUUGGCGCUGUGAAGAAAGACCACAGUUUCCUGGACAAGGAUUCUCUCAAAUCUCUCUGCAGGAGGCUGAUGACCCUGAACACAUGUGCCUCCAUGAAGCUGGAAGUCCACUUUCAGCGUAAACAGAAUGGAGACUCUGAGGACGAGGACCUGUGUGCCAUCAGUGACCGGUGGGCUUUCCAGCGGGACAGCAAGAGGUGGUCCCGGGUGGGCUCCGCCGAUGUCCUCUCCCAGGCCUCUGAGGUCCCCACCUCCAGCAUGCGGCAGGCAUCCAGCCAUGAGAGCGUCCUCACUGACCUCAGCACCAACCCAGAGGCUGUGUCCCUUCACAGCAGUGCCAGCAUGGGCAGCACACUCGGUGUGGCAGCCACGCCACCUGACCUGUCCCCCGGUCAUGGUGCUGCUGUCACCCAGCCCUCCUGCAGCCCCAGCAGCUGCUUCUUGGCUGAGCAGCCCUUGAACCACAGCGAAGGUUCCAAGGAGAAGCCAAAGAAGCGGAGGUCUCGCAGCUUCCUGAAGAGGAUUGAGUCUCUCCGAAGGAAGGACAAAGAAAAAGCUGGCCAAGAUGAGAAGGAUGUCCCACACAGCGCUGUCGUGGCCAAUCCAGGCUGGGACUGUGCAAAGAGUAAUGGAGACCUCGCAGCCACCAAGGCCAGCUCUCCUAAGAGAGGAGUAUCUGCCUCUUUCCACGGCAGAAAACAUUUCUUCUCAGGGUCAUACAGGACUAACCGCUUGGUGGGCUCAGGCAGAGGCAAGGUGAGCUCUGACCCGAAACGCAGCGGGCUCUACCUGGAGGCCUAUCAGACAGCCGCAGAGCCCAGUGGUGACUGGGCUGCAGGGCAGUGCCAGCACCGGCAGGCGUGCCGUGGGGACUGCCUGGUGUAUGUUCCCAGGGACCACAAGCCCGGCACCUUCCCCAAAUCCCUCUCCAUCGAGAGCUUGUGCCCCCUGGGCAGCGGCUCCUUGAGCAGCUGGAAGCCGGGAGCCAAGCCUGGGGGGCUGCUGGGGGGCUGUGGCAGCAGCAGCAGUGUGGAGGGCUCGUCCUCCCCGCAGGGCUUUGCCUGCCGCCGCCGCGGCUCCUGCAGCUCCCUGGGCAGCCGGGUGAGUGUGUACGACAACGUGCCCGAGUUUGGCAGCAGUGAGGAUCUCUGCAAGGGAGAUGAGGAGGUGACUUAUGAGAACCUGGACGAUAUCCUGCAGCACAUGUGGGGGCUGCAGCAGAAAGUGGAGCUCUGGUAUAAAGCCAUCUCCCCCGAGUUGGUGGGGGAGGAAGGGGGCGAGGAGGAGGAGGAGGAGGAAGAGGAGACAGACUCGGGAGGGGAGCCCACCUUCCCCUCCAACCUGCACCUUGAGGAGCGCUCCAUGUCGGACGUCGGCACCUCUGCCAGUGACUUCGACAGCACGGGCAACUCCCUGAACGAGGCCGAAGAGCUGGAGAUGCGGGAGCGCCGCGACUCGGGCGUGGGAGCGUCACUCACCCGGCCGUGCAGAAAGCUGCGUUGGCACAGCUUCCAGAACUCCCACCGGCCCAGCCUGAACUCCGCCUCUCUGGAGAUCAACCGCCAGUCCUCUGCUCAGCUCAACCUGCUCCAGAAGUGCUCCCUGCUGCGGCUCACGGCCAUCAUGGAGAAGUACUCUGUGCCUCACAAGCAAGCCUGGACAUGGACUGUGCCCAAGUUCAUGAAGCGGAGCAAAGUUCCCGACUACAGAGACAAGGCAGUCUUUGGGGUGCCGCCUAUCAUCAACGUGCAGAGGACAGGGCAGCCGCUGCCACAGAGCAUCCAGCAGGCGAUGCGUUACAUCCGCAGCCAGUGCUUGGACCAGGUUGGCAUUUUCCGUAAAUCAGGGGUGAAGUCUCGGAUCCAGGCACUCCGGCACAUGAAUGAAACCUGCCCUGACAAUGUUAACUACAAAGGGCAGUCAGCGUAUGACGUGGCCGACCUGCUGAAGCAGUAUUUCCGUGACCUGCCCGAGCCCAUCUUCACCAGCAAGCUCACCGACACCUUCCUGCAGAUCUAUCAGUUUGUGCCAAAGGAGCAGCAGCUGCAGGCAGUGCAGGCUGCCAUCAUCCUGAUGCCGGAUGAGAACCGUGAGGUGCUGCAGACUCUGCUAUACUUUCUGAGUGAUAUUGCCUCUGCCGAGGAGAACCAGAUGACUGCUGGAAACCUGGCCGUAUGCCUGGCUCCCUCACUCUUUCACCUCAACGUGUCCAAGAAGGAGAGCACCUCACCGAGGGUGAUGCACAGGAGGGGCACUAUGGGGAAGCCUGACCAGAAAGACCUGAAUGAGAACAUGGCUGCAACACAGGGGCUCUCCCACAUGAUCACCGACUGCAAGAAGCUCUUCCAGGUCUCCCAUGACAUCUUGCACCAGCUGAGCAGCUCUUACAUGGCAGCAGAUGCUUACCCCCAUCCCCUGUCUGAAUUUGUGUGUCAAGGGGAAGGCAAGGAUUUACACUCCUACUUUGAGCAGAGCGUCCGGAACCUGCUUAAAGAGUCAUCGGAGAAAUUCAAGGGAUGGCUGAGCACCCCGGGGCCCCUCAACACGGAACUCUCCUGCAAAAAGGUUGGGGAUGGGCACCCCCUGCGCUUGUGGAAGGUCUCCACAGAGGUUGAGGCCCCUCCCUCCACUGUGCUGCAACGGGUGCUGCGGGAGCGUCACCUCUGGGACGAGGACCUGCUUCAGAGCAAAGUGGUGGAGGCUCUGGACAAGAACAUGGAGGUGUAUCACUAUGUGACGGACAGCAUGGCACCCCACCCGCGCAGGGACUGCGUGGUACUCAGGUGCUGGCGCACAGACCUGCCACGAGGAGCCUGCCUGCUCAUCUCCAUCUCGGUGGAGCACGACAAGCUGCAGGUGGAAGGAGGUGUCAAAGCCGUGGUGCUGACCUCGCAGUAUCUCAUCGAGCCCAAUGGCAUGGGACGCUCCAAAGUGACGCACAUCUGUAGGGCUGACCUCAGGGGCCGAUCACCGGAGUGGUACAACAAAGUCUUUGGGCACCUCUGUGCCAUGGAGCUGGUGAGGAUCCGAGAUUCUUUCCCAGCACUGAGUCUGAAUGGCCCUGAGACCAAGAUCUGAGGAGCUGGGAAGAUGCUGCAUCCUGUCAGACCACGGACUUGCAGCCAAUGGGGCUGGGACACUCAGAGUGGAGUGAGAAGCCAACACGCCACUAGGAUGGGCACAUAUUUAUAUGCUUCCUUUUAACCUGGGCCUGGCCCCCCAAAAAGAGCCACAGGCUGCCCCAGCUGUGCGUGGCCCUUCUCUGCUCCCCCUGCAGGGCUGUUUGCCACCAGCCCUUGGAGGAAGAGGCGCAGCCAGACCCCCCGUGCCUGCUGCUGCUCAUCUGUCCUGUCCCAUGUGUGCUACAGGGCUGUCUGCUUGCAGCAGUGGAGCUGUGCCCCAAGGGGCUCCACAUGAGAGAUGGACAAGCAGCAUCUUGCUUGCCCAAGGAAAGGAGAGGGGGCUUUGGAGUGAUGCCCAAUGGUCCAGGGUGAGCUGGACCAGGAGCUGCUCCAGGUGAGGGUGUGUGGAGUGAAGCAGGAGGCAGCAGAGGUGUGGGAGCUGAGGGGGCAGUGUGGAGCCAAGGCCGGAGGUCACAGUGCUGUGUCAGGAGGUGAGGACUGGGUGGCGAGGGGAGAAGUGUGUGUGUGCAGUGUCACCCAGUGUGGGGACAGGCAGGGAGCUGGGCUGGGAACCUGUUUGCUGAAGGAUGCUCUUACUGAAGGAAGGGACUACAAAUAGAUGUCUAUAGAUAUCUAUUACUGACAGCCAUUGUCAAGUGGCAGAAGGAAUCUACUGCUAUUACCUUUGGUGCUAAAGUUCAUAGGAGACAAAGGAAAAAGCUGUCUGCUCCAAUGCCUUGGUCUUAUUCAACUGAAAGACUCCCCUGUACACUGUGUUUCAGUGGGGGCUGGACGGAUGUGCUUCCAAGCCAGGUGCCAUCCUUCCACACCAGUGUCGGGCUGGCAGGGUGGUGGACAAGGCUAGAAAUCCAGAGUAGCCGCAGAGAAGCGAAUGAAGGGGCAGUGAUACAAGGGGGCUGGGGCAGUGGUGCAAGGAGGGUGGAAGUGAGGAAGAGGGAUGUGCCCAGCACUGCAGCUCAUAGCUCCUUGCUACAGCUGGAGGGUCUCAGUGCACCUCUACCAGAGAGGAGUGAGGGGCACAGCAUACCCACCAGUGAGGGCUGAUCAUGCAGCAAAUGGUGAUAACCCAACUGCUAGGGCCAAGCUUAGUACAGCUUCUGUGCACUGCAGUAAAGAGGCAUGGUGGAGGCAGAUUCAUGUCUCUCUGGGCAGCUGCAGGUGGCAGAGCUCGUGCCCCACAGGUGUGCAGAGCUGCCCCAACACAACCUGCAAGGAGCUUUGCUCCCCUUUCACAGUCCUUCCCUCUUCCUGCAGCGCCCAGAACUGACCUGGUUUCUCCUUUAGGCAGGGACCCAACUUACUUGACGUCGUUCCAACUGGAAGGCAACACAACCCACGGGUGGGAGCAAUUCCCAGUGCCAGUUUUGCCAUAACAAAUCAUGUUUGUCUCUCUUUUGGUUAAAAAGAAAAUAAAAAUGACCCAGCCUGCAUUCUGUUUUUAUAUAUAUAUUUUUUAUAUAUAUAAAAUAUAACUUCUGGAGGGAGUGAUUUUUCUCCUAAUAUUUUUUUAAAUGUUUCUUUUUUUCUAUAUAAAUACUUGUACAGUUGGAAUAUUAAUAUAUAACUGCGGUGGUAGAGCUCAGCACCAGGUGAUGCUCACUUAAAAGAUGUGUAUUUUGUAUUUAAGGGGCUAUUUCUUGUUCUGUAUCGUAUGCAACGCAACAGAUUGUUUGACUUGGAUUGGGGCUGCUCUUCCUAUCCAUGUAAUUAAUAAAGUACUAACGAUA